CGGGUUCCGGCCGGCAGAGGGCGCGCUCUCGGGGCGGAGCCCCCGCGCCGUCCCGCGCCCGCCGCAGCCGCCGCCCUGCGGAGCCGCCGGGACACGCACCCGCUGCCAUGGACGACAUCUUCACACAGUGCCGGGAGGGCAAUGCGGUGGCCGUGCGGCUGUGGCUGGACAACACCGAGAACGACCUCAACCAGGGGGACGACCAUGGGUUCAGCCCCCUGCACUGGGCCUGCCGCGAGGGCCGCUCCAACGUGGUGGAUAUGCUCAUCAUGCGCGGGGCCCGCAUCAACGUCAUGAACCGCGGCGAUGACACCCCGCUGCACCUGGCCGCCAGCCACGGCCACCGGGACAUCGUGCAGAAGCUGAUGCAGUUCAAAGCAGACAUCAAUGCAGUGAAUGAGCACGGGAACACGCCGCUGCACUAUGCCUGCUUCUGGGGACACGAGCAGGUGGCUGAGGACCUGGUGGGCAGCGGGGCCCUGGUCAGCAUUGCUAACAAAUACGGUGAGACCCCCACAGACAAGGCCAAGACGCCACUGCGAGAAGUCCUGAAAGAGCGUGCUGAGAAGCUGGGCCAGAGCCUCACCAAGAUCCCCUACAAGGACACGUUCUGGAAGGGCACAACUCGCACCCGGCCCAGGAAUGGGACCCUGAACAAACUGGCCGGGAUUGACUUCAAACAGCUGAGCCUGAGCCACAAACUGAAUGAGAACCAGUCAGGAGAGCUGUGGAAGGGGCGCUGGCAGGGCAAUGACAUCGUAAUCAAAAUGCUGAAGAUCCGGGACUGGACGACGCGAAAGAGCCGGGACUUCAACGAGGAGUACCCAAAACUGCGGAUCUUUUCCCACCCCAAUGUGCUGCCAGUGCUGGGUGCCUGCCAGGCCCCUCCAGCUCCCCACCCCACUGUCAUCAGCCACUGGAUGCCUUAUGGUUCCCUGUACAACGUCCUGCACGAAGGAACCAAUUUUGUGGUGGACCAGAUGCAGGCGGUGAAGUUCGCCUUUGAUAUCGCGCGGGGCAUGGCCUUCCUGCACACGCUGGAGCCCCUCAUACCGCGGCACCACCUCAACAGCCGCAGCAUCAUGAUUGAUGAGGACAUGACGGCACGGAUCAGCAUGGCCGAUGUCAAGUUCUCCUUCCAGUGCCCGGGACGGAUGUACGCCCCGGCCUGGGUGGCUCCCGAAGCCCUGCAGAAGAAACCAGAGGAGAUCAACCGGCGCUCAGCUGACAUGUGGAGCUUCGCCGUGCUGCUGUGGGAGCUGGUGACACGUGAGGUGCCCUUCGCUGACCUGUCCAACAUGGAGAUCGGUAUGAAGGUAGCACUGGAGGGACUACGUCCCACCAUCCCCCCUGGCAUCUCCCCCCACAUCUGCAAACUGAUGAAGAUCUGCAUGAACGAGGACCCAGCCAAGCGCCCCAAGUUCGACAUGAUCGUGCCCAUCCUGGAGAAGAUGCAGGAGAAGUAGAGAGGAGGCGCCUCCCCCCUCCAGUGCUGCCUUGCACCCCCCGCCACCCCCAAGUGCCUUUAGCCCUAGAGCCAGGGGGGGCAGAGGACACCCCUCACCCUGAGCCAGCCACGGACACACGGUACAGAUGGCACUGCCUGUGCUGGAGCUCUGCAGGCUCCAGACCCCCGCCCAGGGCAGCCCCUCCCCAGGGCAGCCCUAACCCAGCCUCUGGGCAGCCCCCCUACCCCAGGGCAUGGUGUGGGGCUUGCCUCUGCUGCUGGGGGGCAGGGCUGUGGGGCCCCCUGUCCCCCUUGCUGGGCAAAGCCCAACCCAGGACUCAGCACCCACGGCUGGGGGGCAAGGGGCAGGCCAGGAGAGGCCACCUGUGGUGCCCAGCACUGCCCCCGCUUCGCGCUUCACUGGCCACUUCCCUCUGGCCCCAGAAUGGCCACUGGCAACCAAAUAAAUGUUUGGUAUGGAA